AUGCCACCCAAGCAGAUGACAGGCAAGGGCCGUACCCUCAACGAGCCCAGCUUCGCUUCCAGCACCAUCACAGCCUUUACGAGCAAGGAUAACAGGAGUAUCGUUACUGCCGCGGGAAUGUUCGCUAUUGGCGUAACCUUUUUGCACAGCAGCUGGGCCGAGAUCCUACUUCCCGCGUAA